GUCCGACAGUUAACAACAAAUCGCCAGCGGCAACGAAACCAAAUUUACAAACCCUAAAAGCCGCGGGCGAAAAUCCAAAAAUCCUUGCAACAUUGCGACAUCGCUUUACCGCAGGUGUGAACAAAUUCAAAAAUUAAAUAAAUAAUAAAACAGAAAAUGGCCAAAGAGGCUUAAAUAGUGUUCAAAGCGUAUUUGUCCCCACUGAUUGCUUCUGCAAAUUCUGGCCUUUAUAAUCGCACCAUCGAGCAUAUCGCUGGACCAUUAACGCGAUUGUGUGAAAAAUCAGUCAAUGUCGAGGACAAGCGAUUGCGACUAAAUUAAAUCAAGCAAUUACAAUAAUUUCUAUAUAAUUUCCACACACACACAUCAAAUCGGUCAAGAGAUGACAGAUAACGCUGGUUUCAAGCCGGACGGAGAGGCGGGAUCCUACCCAGCGGCACCGCCAGGCGAGAACCCGCCCUCGUACAACAACUCGGUGGCCACACUGAAUGACUUUAACUCGAAAUCCAAUUUGACGGAGAAGAACCAGUUCUCUCUCGGCGAGGAUCCCUACAAUCCCUUCGAGCACCGUGAUCCCAAUGGAGCCAGUUCUGGUGGCGCCUUGGCGCAUUUACUCAAGAGCUCUCUGGGCACUGGAAUCCUGGCCAUGCCCAUGGCCUUUCACAAUGCCGGCUUGGUGUUUGGCAUGUGCAUGACACUGAUCGUCGGAUUCCUCUGCACCCACUGUGUCCAUAUUUUGGUGAAGACUUCCCAUGACAUUUGCCGGGAUGCCAAGGUCACAGCUCUGGGUUUCGCGGAAACGGCGGAAAAGGUCUUUGAGUACGGACCAAAGGGCAUGCGGCCCUAUUCCAACUUUGCCAAGCAAUUCGUGGACAUCGGUCUGAUGGCCACGUACUAUGCAGCGGCAUGUGUGUACAUUGUGUUCAUUGCCACAUCCUUCCAUGACGUGAUCAACUACGACCUCGGAAUUAACUGGGAUGUGCGCAUCUACAUUGCCCUAACCGUGAUUCCCUGCUUGCUGAUCGGUCAGCUGAGGAACCUCAAGUGGCUGGUGCCCUUCUCGAUGAUGGCCAACGUCUUCAUCGUGGUGACCUUUGCCAUUGUCCUGUACUACAUGUUCGAUGAGGAGCUGGUGUACUCCAAUAAGCCACUGAUUGCCAAGGCCUCAAACAUUCCGCUUUUCUUCGCCACGGUGAUCUUUGCCAUGGAGGGAAUCGGCGUUGUCAUGCCCGUGGAGAACUCAAUGAAGAAGCCCCAGCACUUCCUCGGAUGCCCGGGUGUCCUCAAUACAGCUAUGAUCACAGUGGUCCUGCUCUAUGCCAUCAUCGGAUUCUUCGGCUAUGUGCGAUUUGGCGACACAGUGAGGGGCAGCAUUACACUGAAUCUGCCGGAAGGCGCCUGGCUGGGAGACACAGCCAAGCUGCUGAUGGCCGUGGCCAUCUUGUUCACCUUUGGCCUGCAGUUCUAUGUGCCCAACGAGAUCCUUUGGCGCAAGAUCAGCCACAAGUUCAGCCCCGAGAAGCACAACAUUACACAAAUCCUGCUGCGCACUGGCAUCAUCCUGAUCAGCGGCGGAGUGGCCGCAGCCAUUCCCAACCUGGAACCGUUCAUCAGUCUGGUGGGUGCCGUGUUCUUCUCGCUGCUGGGCAUCUUUGUGCCCAGCUUUGUGGAGACUGUGUACCUGUGGCCCGAUCGCCUCGGCUGGUGCAAGUGGAAGCUUAUCAAGAACAUUUUCCUGGGCGUGUUCUCCAUCCUGGCUCUGAUUGCCGGAGCCGUGGCCAGCAUCAAUGAGAUCAUCGAUAUGUACAGCGACGACGACUAAGGGGUCCUUUCAUGAUCCGUCCUUCCAAAUAGACGCGUAGUAUUACUCCAGAUGCAGGUAGCAUUCCACUAUGGAAGCGUAUGAAGAGUAUGAGUUUGAGAGUUCAAAAAGCAGGCAAAGCCCACAUCCCCAUCAGACCCAAUCAACCCAUGGCCAUGUUGAACAUGGCCAGGCGGCUUCGGGUGCCCGGAGCCGUUGACUGCAUGAACAAGAUGAUAUUAAUGUUAAGUGCCUUUGUUGUUACACAAACUAAGCUGCAAUUUAUAGAAUUUAUAAAUGUUAUUAUGUUAAGUCGUCCAGCAAUUCCAAAACUAUAAAGACAAACGUGCGAAAAGAUAAA